AAUUAUAAUUAUAUUCAAAAUAAAAAUCUAAACAAAAAAAAAAUUAAAAAUGCUAAAAUUAAUAACAAAACACUCUAAAGUAAAAAACAUGACUAUAUAAUCCAUUAAAAAUUAUGCUAAAAUAUGCUCUUCAUCAGCCGAAGCUUUAGAAGGAUUAAAAGAUGGCGAUCAAAUAUUAAUGGGUGGUUUUGGUAUAUGUGGAAUUCCUGAAAAUUCAAUAAACUAAAUAUUAAAAAUGGGCACAAAAGAUCUCUGGGUAUGUUCUAAUACAUGCGGUAUAUCGAAUUGGGGACUCGGCCUAUUACUAGCCAGUGGAUAAAUAAGAAAAGUAUCCGCCUCAUAUGUAGGUGAAAAUCCUGUUUUUGAAAAAUUAUUCCGUGGCGGAGAAUUAGAAGUAGAACUAUAACCACAAGGUACUCUAGCUGAGAAAAUGAGAUCCGGAGGAUUAGGCAUUCCAGCAUUUUAUACACCUACAGGGGUCGGUACAUAUGUAGAAUACGGUAAUGUACCCACAAAAUAUGGAAAAAACGGUUCAACAAUUCCUAUAUAAACAUCCUAACCAAAAGAAAGAAGAGUAUUUGAUGGAAGAGCCUAUAUUAUGGAAGAAACAUUUAUUAACGCCGAUUUUUCUCUAGUAAAAGCUUAAAAAGCAGAUAAAAAAGGUAAUUUAUAUUAUAAUAAAACGGCGCGAAAUUUCAAUGAUGAUGCUAUUUUGGGAGGAAAAAUAAGAGUUGCAGAAGUGGAAGAAAUAGUCGAAAAUGGAGAAUUGGAUCCUGAUUAAAUCCAUACACCUGGUAUUUUCGUUGACAGAAUUUUCGUAGGUGAAAAGUUUGAAAGAAAAUUCGAAAAAUUAGUCUAUGAUAAAUCUGAUGAGCCUAAAUAGGAAAAAUAGUCCCAUAAAGAUAAGGUUAGGGAUAAAAUAGUAUCCAGAGCAGCAAAAGAGGUCAAAAGUGGCAUGAAUUUGAACUUAGGUAUUGGUAUUCCUACACUUUUACCCUAAUAUGUACCUAAAGAUGUUAAAAUUAUGCUCCAAAGUGAAUUAGGUGUACAUGGAGUGGGUCCUUAUCCUAAAAAAGGCUAGGAACAUCCAGAUAUAAUUAAUGCAGGGAAGGAAACAAUCACUUUAUUACCGUAAGCUAGUACUUUUUCUUCUAGUACAUCUUUCGGUAUAAUUAGAGGUGACCAUUUAGAUAUGACAAUGCUUGGAGCGAUGUAAAUUAGUAGAUAUUGUGAUAUUGCUAAUUGGAUUAUUCCGGGAAAACUAGUAAAAGGAAUGGGUGGGGCAAUGGAUUUAGUAUCUUGUAAAUCUAAAGUAAUAGUUUUAAUGGAACAUAAUAAUAAAAAUGGAGAAUUUAAAGUUUUAGAAUAAUGUACUUUACCUUUAACUGGCAAAGGUGUAGUUAAUACAUUAAUCACUGAAAAAGCUGUUUUUAGAAAUUGGAAUGGGGAAUUAGUCUGUACAGAAAUUGCUAAAGAAUUCACUUUGGAAGAAGUAAGAUAAUCUACUGGAUUUAAUUUUAGAACGGCUGAUAAUUUAAUUUAAUUUUGAUAUAGAUUGAAUUUUAUUGUUAUUGAAAAAGAAAUUUAUUUAUAUUUUAUUUAUUAUUUUUUAUUUUGUUUUAUUCAUUUUUAAUAAUUUAUAUUUCUAAUCC